GGAAAGUUACCUGAAUUGCGUAACCAUAGAUACAUCAGGUUGGGUGUUCUCGUGUCUCCUGAGGGUAUAAAACAGGGACCGGAAUAUUCCAUCAGGACAGACUGACACUGACAGACUGAAAUUAUGCUGAGGUUCGUCCUGUUGAGCGCUCUCGCAGCCCUGGUGCUGUCUGAGCAUCUGGUUCCCCAGCCCAGAUACCUGGAAGAUGGAGCUGAGGAAAGAGUUGUGGGUGGCGAGGUCGCCCAGCCCAACUCCUGGCCCUGGCAGAUCUCUCUCCAGUACAAGUCUGGCAGCUCCUACUACCACACCUGUGGAGGUAGUCUGAUCAGGAGAGGAUGGGUGAUGACUGCUGCUCACUGUGUGGACAGCCAGAGGACUUGGCGUGUGGUUCUGGGAGACCACAACCUGAACAGCAACGAGGGUAAGGAGCAGAUCAUGACCGUCAGCAAAGUCUACAUCCACAAUGGGUGGAACUCCAACAACAUCGCUGGAGGAUAUGACAUCGCUCUGCUGCGUCUGUCCACCGAAGCUUCCCUGAACUCCGCUGUCCAGCUGGCUGCUCUUCCUCCAUCUGGCCAGAUCCUGCCCAACAACAACCCUUGCUACAUCACCGGAUGGGGACGCACCCAGACCGGAGGUUCUCUGUCCAACAGCCUGAAGCAGGCUUGGCUGCCCAGCGUUGACCACCAGACCUGCUCCAGCUCUAGCUGGUGGGGAUCUUCCGUUAAGACCACCAUGGUCUGUGCCGGUGGUGGAGCCAACUCUGGUUGCCAGGGAGACUCUGGCGGCCCCCUGAACUGCCAGGUCAACGGUCAGUACUAUGUCCACGGUGUGACCAGCUUCGUUUCCUCUUCUGGAUGCAACGCCACCCGCAAGCCCACCGUCUUCACCCGUGUGUCUGCCUACAUCAGCUGGAUGAACGGGAUCAUGGGUUGAAAGGGAACAUGGUCUUCGAGCAGAUAGAAGCCUGAUUCAUCCCUGACCCUGCUCAACUACACCAACGUUCUGCUCUAAAAUUUCAAUAAACUUCAUUCACUUUGA